AAAGAACCCAUUUAGGUUUAUUGCGACUCCUUUCGCCCUCCCUUCAGGAUCAACGAAAGAUAUGCUUCUCUGGUGGAGAUUGUUACUUCUGCCACCCCCAACUCGCUUUGUUAUGAAAUUUUCAUUCAUUGACAAAAAAUCUUGAAGACCCGGGUAGGGAAUUGAAAAAAACAAAGGAAAACUUUGGCUAUGAGGUUUAUCACUGCUUUAAUGGCUGCGUACAGAAACUUUAGCACUAAAAGUAUUGGGACAAACACAAAAUGGGCUCAAAAUUGGUAUCAGAGUAAGAAAAAGACCAAAAAGAGGGAACCCAGAAAGCCUAGAACCAGAAUCAAGUGGACUGACGAACAAAUACAGAUUAUAUCUGCCAUUUCAAAGGGAAAUUCUGUGUUCAUCACGGGCUCGGGUGGGACUGGAAAAACAUUGUUGGUCAAGCAUAUCAUCAAAGUAUUGAAAAAAAUGUCACCCCCCAUCUCGGGUCUUUGCCACAGCAUCUACGGGCGUUGCGGCAUGUGCUAUUGGGGGACAAACACUGCACUCGUUUGCGGGGAUUGGGUACCCCGUGGCGGAUCGCCAAGCUUUGCUUGAUAGGGUUCUCAAUGAUAGCAAGGCCUACACAAGGUGGAACAAAGUUGAUGCAUUGGUUAUUGAUGAGAUUAGCAUGGUUGAUGCAGAGUUGUUUGAGAGUCUUGAAUGGAUUGCAAAAAAGAUACGGGUUAAAGAUGAGAUGUGGGGUGGAAUUCAGCUUGUUGUGUGUGGAGAUUUCUUACAGCUACCGCCAAUUCUUGAUCCUCAGAAUUCAUCAGGGAAAGAGUUUGCAUUUGAAGCUGAUUGUUGGAAUGCGAGUUUUGAUAUGCAAUUUGAGCUUACCACGAUUUUUAGGCAAUCAGAUCCUCGACUAGUCAAGUUGCUUCAGGGUAUAAGGAGAGGGGAGUGUGAUCCUCAAGAAUUAAAACUUCUUGAGCAAUCAUCCUCGGAUGAUCCGUCUGAUCCGUCUGCAAUACAACUCUACCCGCUGAGAGAAGAUGUGAAUAGAGUGAAUGAAAUGAAGAUGGAGAGCUUGUCUAAGACUGAGAAGGUUAUUAAGUAUUCAGCUUUUGAUAAUGGUGAAAACCCUUGGAAGAGUCAGCUCAAGCAGGGGAUAUCAGCUGAUGAACUUUUCCUUUGUAAAGGCGCAAGGGUGAUGUUGAUCAAGAACUUGAAUACUUGGCACAGACUGGUGAACGGCGCUACCGGUACCGUCAUUGGAUUUUGUACGUUUAAGGAUAAGGAAGCUGACGUGGGAGACAUAUGUUCUCAAAAUCUUCUUCCAUUAGUCAAAUUUGAUUCAGGGAGGACAAUGGUUAUUGAACCAGAAACUUGGGUUGUCAUGGUGGGAGAUACAGUUGUUGCCGAGAGAAAACAGUUGCCCUUGUUAUUGGCAUGGGCUCUAAGUAUUCACAAGUGCCAGGGCAUGACUCUUGAGAAAGUUUCCACUGAUCUGUCUAAAGCUUUUGGCUGUGGAAUGGUCUAUGUAGCACUUUCCCGAGUGACAAGAUUGGAAGGUCUUCACUUGUCAGGUUUCACUCCCUCCAAGAUUAAGGCUCACCCAAAGGUUUUGCACUUCUACAAAAGUUUUUCUAGUGAGCAAACUAUGGAGGGUAAGGAUGGAGUUGCCAAUAAGAUUGGAGGUGGCAGCGGAAACGUACUACUUUUUCCCAACACAAAAGGCCAAGGAGCAGCAAAAUACCAUUUCUCUCUUUCUGAAUUCAUUUCUUCACGCCAAAAAAGAAAAUGAUAAGUUUCAGUAUACUCUUCUUAUAUUUCUUUUCUAGCAAAAGUUUAGCCAAGCUCUAGCAUGUUGAUAAAUGAUUUUGCUUUUGCUAGUUGAACAAUUAAACCUCUAAGCCACCCUAACCAGACCUCAAAUGUCAACUAUGAUUGUAUCUUCACAUCUACCCAUCUGUUGCCAACUUUAACUUUCCCCCUUGGCCCCCUUUUCAUUCCUUAAUCACAAGCAAACUGGUAGAACUCGUGAGCAUGUGUGAUGUGUUAAAGAUAUGAUUUUGUUUUUCAAUGUAAGACGAAAGAAUGCAAGAAAAUACCCAAAAAAGUUCUUCACCCCCUCUAUCCACUUUCACCAAAUGUUAGAACAAAUGUUGAAGUGCCACUGCCAGACGUUGCAAAAUUGAUCGGAAAACUCUCGGAGAGACCCAUUUCAAACUCAAAUAAAAAAUGCUCAAAGAAAGAUUUAGAAAGGUGCACUUUCCCGGAUUUAUCUUAGAUUUGCGCCCUUUUUUUUAAAUCAUGUCAAUGUCUUUCUCUACGAAUUUAUUUUUAUUUUUGUUCUCUCUUCAUUUCUAAAGGUCUUUUUUCUUUUCUAUUUAAAAAGGCCUGCGAGGAAGAUCAAUUAUAGCUAUUAUACUUACCUACUUGCUGAAAGCCAUGCAUGAGGGGCCUAGACCUAGACGGUGAAAAUUACAUGCGCUCUUUCAAAUCUAAUUGAGCCAUAAUCUGACCUAGUUUCAUCAUGGCAUCCUUAGAAUUCAAGGCGAUUAAUAUUAAUAGGAUUAAGGAUUUCCAUUUGGGGAGUCGAACUCUCACCAUAAUACAUGAUCAACUACUUUAGAAAUUUCCUUAAUACCAUUGAACAUCCACCACUGCUGGUUAUUUCU